AUGGAAGCUAAUGCUCUUGUUGAGGAAUUUAGUGAGCAAUUAGGUGCCCCCAAAACAACCUGCCCCACUGAGAAUAGGAAGAUGGACCCUCCGAGUGAAGGUUGGUAUAAAGUAAACGUGGACGGGGCGGUGUUUAAAGAGUCAGGCAACUGUGGCAUUGGGAUUGUAAUCAGAAACGAAAGGGGCGAAAUCAUGGGAGCGAUGAGCAAGAGGUUGGACUUACCACUGGGAGCUUUGGAAGUGGAAGCUAAGGCCUUUGAAGAGGGAAUGCUGUUAGCUUGGGACCUCGGGCUGAAGCACAUUGUGCUAGAAGGAGAUGCGCAAGGGGUGACAAAUGCGCUGACAGGCUGUAGUUCCCCCCUCCCCCCUCAAUCUCUAUUCAAAUGA